AUGAGCAGCAAUCUGUGGCGCUACUAUCUCGAGAAUGACGCCGCAAAGUUCCGGCGUCUUCUGGCACGACCGGGCGGUGGUGGUGUCGCAUCCACUGGAAUUGGGGUAACCACGACAGCAGCGACAUCUUCAAAAAAGUCUGGAGCAAGCGGAAAUGGCAGUGGUACAAUUACACGUCAGGCGCUACGGGAGCUGGAUAGCCUGGGAAGAAAUGUAUUGCAUCUAGCCUGCAGUGAUCCUGAGGGGCUUCCAUUCGUAGAUGCGCUUCUAGAGCACCCGUAUACGGACCCUUCAGCACCUGAUGCUGAGUCUGGAUGGACAGCGAUGCAUCGUGCACUUUACCAUGGGAAUAUAUCAGCUGUUAGGUCAAUCCUGGCGCAUAAUCCGAGUAAUUGGGGGAUUGUAAAGAUCAAAGACCAUGCCGGCGACAGUCCAUUCGAAGUCUUUGGGGGUUCAAUACAAGGAAUUGAGCGUCUACUUGCAGAGGAGCGCGGAAUAGUUGUUGAAGACCAACAAUCGGAUGACGAUGACAAUGAUGAAGUGUUGGGGAAGGUUGACAGGUCGGAAACUGCGGGUGGCGACGAGAUAUUCAUGUUUGGGUCGAACAAGAACUUGUCACUCGGGUUUCCGGAUGAGGACGAUCGAUCCUACCCGGAAAGACCGCAGAUACAGCGUCCACGGCAGUUACUGCUGGAACAAGCACAGCUCAAGUAUUUUAAUAGUGAUAAGAAAUCCGAAGAUCUCCUCGACGCAUCUACUCUUUUCAGUCCACUACAUUUCCGCGAUAUUCAGCUUUCCAAGCUACACACCGCAGUUCUAACCUCUGAUCCACAUAGCAAUCUAUUCAUUUGCGGAUUCGGUCAUGGCGGGCGCUUGGGGUUCGGGGACCAGCAAUCCACACAGUUUACACUCCGACCCCUUUCCCCACCGCUUCUGCCUCCCAAGAGAGUUGAGAGUGUUGCUCUAGGGCUUGACCAUACCGUUGCUGUUCUUGAGGGUGGCGAGGUGUGGACUUGGGGCGGGAACAAAUGGGGCCAACUUGGAUAUGCCCUCCAGCAAAAGACCACAAAGGAAGAUCCAAUCCAAACAACUCCACGACAGGUCUUUAACGGCCUGAAGCGAGAGAUAGUAAUUGGGUGUGCAGCUUCUCGUAUACAUACUGCCGUGUUCACGGCCACAUCGCUAUUCACGUUCGGUAAAAACGAGGGGCAGCUAGGGAUUCUGGACUCUUCGGAUGCUAGAACGCUGGCCAGUCAGCCUACUGCGCGGAAGGUCGCGGCUAGCUUCUUGGCUGGGACUGUAAUAACACAGGUUACAGCUAUUGACAAAGCCACGGCUGUUUUACUUGAAAAUCAUGAGGUUUGGAUCCUGGCCGGGUAUGGAUACUCCAGGCUGUCUUUCCCAAUUGAGCGGGUGGUGGGAUUGUAUGGGAUGAAUAUAACACGAUACGACAAUAAACCAAACUUCAUCCGGAAAAUCACCGGGGGCGGUGAUACUUUGUGCGCGUUGAGUAGAACCGGCGAUGCAUUCACCCUCGAUGUAGAGUCCUGUUUAAAAGAACGCGCAGAAAAGGGAGCUAAGGUUGGAUGGACCACAACCAGGGCGUGGAGUUUGCGUAAAACUCACAUGGCGGUGCGAGACGCUGAUGUGGGAGAGGAUGGGUCAAUCAUCGUUUGCACAGAAUCUGGCAGCGUUUGGAAACGGGUCAAGCGGGCUAAGAUGAAAGAGAAGGGCUUCGGCACUACCGAGAGUGGACGAUAUAAGUUCGAUAGAGUACCUGGGUUGACGAGGAUCAUCAGCGUGAAAACCAAUAAGUUUGGCGCUUUUGCGGCAAUUAGGAGGGACACUGAUAUCAUGAAAGUGGCACUCCUGGUACAUCCUCAGAUGCUUUGGAGCGAUGUCGCCGGAUUGCUAUCGUUCAGGGGAGCUUUCUUGAAGGACAAUAGUGAGGUUGGAGGAGGCGAUAAUGGCCGUGUAUCGGAUGCAUGGGGCUAUGGACCAAAGCCUAGGCCGGAGGGUUAUCAGGAUGCUGUAUUGUGGUUCAUGAAGAAGGAUAUGGAACAAGAACUACGGGACUUCCUGAUACGACUUCCAUUACGCCGCGGAACGGGAGUAGAGUGGGAUAUGACCAUCUCCACGGAUACAUGUCAUGGCGUUGAAAUUCCAAUACACAAAGUUCUCCUCAUUGCCCGCUCGCCAGUAUUUAGAACCCUGUUGGAGGCAGAUUCUAGAGAAAUUGGACAUUUCCUAGAAUUUCAACAGAACUCUGGUAACAACCCUCGCUUGAUAUUGAAAGGUGUGGACCUACUUACCGUGCUUAACUUGGUGUACUACCUUUACAUCGACACGGUCAUUGACUUAUGGCACCAGCGCGGCACCGACGCUGCGCAAACCCAGAAAUUCAAAGUUCUUCGGACAGAACUUGCAGCCGUCGCAUCAGCUCUUGGGCUGACCCUCCUUGAAAACUCCGUCGGCAGGAUGAAUUAUCCAGCACGCAGUCUUAACAAGGAUUUUGAGGUGGCAUUGAACACCCAAGAGUUUGUCAGAAGUACUGACUUGAUCAUCGAACUGGCGAAGAGUGAGAGUAUUCGUGUUCACUCGGCCAUCAUGAAGGCGCGCUGUCCGUUCUUUGAUGCUCUUUAUGGCGGUGGUGCUGAUGGGCGGUGGUUACUUGGGCGUCGUGGAGAUGGGGAGGCCAUCAAGGUAGAUAUGAAGCACGUCGGUAAACCGGUCAUGGAGGCAGUCGUGACAUGGUUGUAUACAGAUUGGGGCCCAGAAGGGUUUGAUGGCGUGAGAGUAGGUGUGAAAGAGAACAAGAUAGAUGAUUAUUUGGAUUAUGUGAUGGAUGUUAUGAGUGUUGCUAAUGAGCUUAUGCUGGAACGACUGUCGCAAGUAUGCCAGAAGGUCUUGGGUAACUAUGUGAACACAAGAAAUGCGGCACAGUUGUUGAUGGCAGUUUCUGCCUGUUCAGAGACGAGUUUUAAGGAUAUGUGCAUGCAGUACAUAUGUUUGAAUAUUGAGACUAUGCUGGAAAAUCAUCUCUUAGACGAUCUUGACGAAGACUUGAUGUCUGAGCUUGACGAAGUCAUUAAAGACAACCAGCGCCGCUGUCACCCCAAAUCUCGAGCGGGCAGACAAGAAGAAAUGCUCCUUGGGAAAUACCCAUCUAUGGUCGAGUCUUCUGCAAAAGAGAAGAAAACCUUGAUUGCCUUUUAUGCCGCACAGGAAGAUGAGCCGGCAACGGUACCUGCGCUCAAAAAGGUUGGUAGCUACCCGAUAGAAGUAUCUUCUCCGCAACAGCUUCCGAAUAAGGCGCGUAGAAAAUCUAGUAAGGAGGGAAAGAUGGCGAUAAGCAACUCACCACUGUUGAAGCCUUCAAACGCCGGUGGAGAUUUAAUGUUCCAUAUGGAUGACGAGGAUGCAUCACUGAGUGCGGGACGGGGCAACGGGAGCAUUCAGAUUCCAAGCCCUCCGUCGAGUCUUCCGAAGCCUGAUGAAGGAAUUUGGUUCAAUUCCAAGGGCAAAGCAAUCGCUUCGCCGCAGUCCCAAAACGCGCGUCAACCAGCCCUUGACCCAAUCGUGACACCCAAAUCGUUUCCGAAACAUACUCCGCUCACCCCAGAAGGUCCAGCUUCAAAAUCAUGGCGUGCAACGAUGAUGCCGGACAAGUUGCCAUUGAAGGAAAUCUUAGGUCACGCUUCCCCGAGUACUGGAAAGUCCAAUAUCACAUUAGGAUUGUCAUCUUCGACACCAGAAAAAAUAUCACAGAAAGAGCGAAAACGGCAGCAACAACUACAGAGUCAACAACCAGCUGGGCCUGAGAUCGCUUUGACGCCCGAAAAGCCGAUGCCGAAGAUGUGGCAAACACCAACCGCCGUAUCCAGAGUGAGCUUGAAGGAAGUUCUGAUGGAGGAGUCUUCGCCCACAACAUCCCGAGCCACUGCCGCUCGCCCUGGCUCCUCGAGGGCCGAAAUACAGAGAACUAUGUCCACGCCUCCACAAUCAAUAAUGAGUGCAUCGACCCAGGCAAAUAUACCUGUGUCUCCAUCGCCAACCCUUCGUAAAUCAACACCGCAGAAAACCCCUUCUACCUCAACUACGGCGCAAGCCCAACCCCAAUCGGCAUCGGCUUUCGUUCCUCCAACCCCUUCUCCUCGUUUGCAGCGUUCUGAAGCGACAUUGCAUCUCUCUCUUGCAGAUAUUAUGUCUCAGGAGGAGGUUCAUAAGGAGAUCAUGAGGGAUCAUGUUGCAAAGCGUAGCUUACAGGAGAUACAGGCAGAGCAAGAAUUCCUAAGAUGGUGGGAGGCGGAGAGCGAGAAAGUGAAAUUGGAAGCGGAGAAAGCGGAACAGGCGUCUACUAGAGAGAGUGGGCGAAGUAGGGGAGGUAGCAGAGGUAGUAGAGGUGGAGGUGAGAAUGGUCCGAAGAGAGGUGGACGAAGAGGGCGCGGAGGGGGCGGAGGAGAGGGCGGAAGAGGUAGGAGGAGUAAAGGCGAAUCAAGUAGAGGCGCAGCAGUAGUAGCAGGGCAAGGGAGCUGA